AAUAACACAAAUAUGAAAUGGAAUCUAAGUCGUACGCAUAAAUCACACAAUUAUCCAUACCGUCUCCCGAUGUCUACACAAACGUCUAACGUAAACGUCAAAGAAGAAAGCGCGAAUACAAGUCGUACGCAUAAACCACACAAUUAUCCAUCCCAUCUCCCGAUGUCUAAACAAACGUCUGAAGUGAAUGCCAAAGAAGAAAGCGCGAAUCGAAGUCGUGCGCAUAAACCACACAAUUAUCCCUCCCAUCUCCCGAUGGCUACACAAACGCCUAGCGUAAAUGUCAACGAAGAAGAAAGUCCAAGUGAUUUUCCAAUUUCCCAUGUUCAUUCAAAUAGCAAUCAUAUUAAUAGAAUACAAAAUGCAACGGUUAUAUUUUCAAAUAAUCAAAAUGAAAAUCUACAGUCUUUAUGGUUAUCAUCUGUGAUAGUAUCAAGUACAGUGGCCACUCUCAUUUCUACCACUAUUUGUAUUGUAUUAUUUUGUAUAUUCAUAAUAGUACUGAAAGUUAAUUAUGUCAGAAAUGAUUCACAUUCAUCUGAUACCACAAGUAAUUGA